CCGAAUCCCUAGUGUCUAGUUACCUAAACUCCAGCUACCCGACGUGCUACACACACGCUAUACUGUAUUCUACCUAAAAACGAUAAUAAGUCAAAAUCGUGUUAAAAAUAUCAAAUACAUUAUUUUCGAGUGCCCUUGGUGAUCGAGCAAGCCGACAUGGUUCAACUACAUAGGAUAUUGAUUGUCUUGUGCGUCGCCUUUUGCCACUUGCUGUUGGCUUCGGCCCAAUUCGACGGUCUUGAAGAUAAUUUCUUCUUGAGAGCCGAAGAUCCACCACAACCCCCUAGAGACCCCAGGGAAAACAGAGGACCAGUGGUGUUUCCGGCCACUCAACCAGGUGGUGGAUCCAGCGGUGUCAUAGUAGGAGCUUCAGGUUUCGGAUUCGUACCACCCGGCGGCAACAAAAGGCCCCGUCCACAAAGCAUCUUCACAUUUUGGUAAACCCCACCUCUCAAAAAAAAAAAGAACCCUUCGACGGAUUGAUCGUAACACAAGUAGCUUUGAUUGUCCUAAGCAUUUUGGCGGCAACACGGAUAGCAGCAGCAGUACACACGAUCAUUCAAUUGUAAUGAAUAAUAAGAUCUCGAAAAACAAAACCGUCGUUAAGUACUAAAAACACAUAUCGUGUAAUACCUAACUACAAUAUCAUAGCGUCACCUGUAAAUUAUUAGGUAUACCAAGUUAAUAUAGCACCAAUGUAACGUGACGUAGAAUAUAAAAUUACAAAUAAUAUAUUAUCUUUCACAAACAGGUCCAAAUAGCAUAUUUUAUUUCUAUAAAGCAAUAAUGAUUGUGCGCAUUAUUUAUGCAUUUAAUAUGCAAUUUUCAUUUUUGUUUUUAUGUACAAUCUCGAAUUUUAAUAUUCUUAAUUUAUUAUAUAAAUAUUUGUACAUAUUAUAGUAAACAACCAUACAAGUCCUUCAUUAUUUAUUUUAUAGUAAAAUAAUUAUUUUAGAUUAAUAUUAGCACUUAAGUAAUAUAACUAUUGUAAUUAUUUUUAAAACUUGUGGUUACCAAGUAUACCUAACUAGUAAUAGUAUUACCUACGAACUUGAUGUAUGCAUACAACAAGAACAAAACGAAUUUUGUUAAUUAUAAUGUUAGGAACGUUAAUGUUAAAAUAAAGUUAACUAUUACAUUACUUA